AUGGAGGUUGCGGGUCAUGUAGACGACUACAACGCGUCAUUUCGCGAUACUGUGUGGUUACAGUCAUUUCCGCUAAACGCACAGACAGUGCUGCAUUACUUUGCGCUUUCUCCAUUUUACGAUCGCUCGUGCAACAACGAGCGCCUCAAGAUGCAGCGCUUAGGACUUGACCAACUUAAGAAUCUUCGAGGUGUCGAGUAUGAGCUGCUGCCGAACGCAGCUAAACAAUUACCACAGCAACUUUAUAUUAUUCGAAAACAACGUCGUAAUGGACGUACACAGGUGGAGCCAUUGGCCAUCUAUUAUGUGCUGGAUGGUACAGUAUACCAAGCGCCUAAUAUUCACGCUAUGCUCACUUCUCGUCUUAAAAAGUGUAGCUAUCGGAUCAACAAAGCAUUCCAUGGAUUAGCGGCAGGUCCGGACGUUGCUUUGGAAGCCGAAUCUGAAAUUCACUUUUUGCAGUCAACUCGAUACGAGGAGUAA